AGAAAAUAACAAAAGCCAUUAGCACUUUAGAAAAGUUCAGCUUCUGAGUUAAGACCUCAUUGUGUCACGCAUAGAAACAGUUACUCUCUCCUCUUUGCAUUUUUGAGGUGGUUGGGUUUUUCAGUUCGUCGUAAUCUGCCACCGUUGCCGGGAUGUGGAAUCCACGCGCUCUAUCUGCUCCACUCGCGGUGCUUCUUCUUCUUCUUCACUGUCUCCUUGCUACCGUCUCUGCUCAGAGAUCUGCCUGGAAGACACUCAGCGGAGCUCCGCCGUUGGUUGUGGCACGUGGUGGAUUUUCAGGGAUGUUUCCUGAUUCCAGUGAUAGUGCAUAUAAUUUGGCAGUAAUAACGUGUGGACCGGAUGUCUAUGUGUGGUGUGACGUGCAGUUAACAAAAGAUAAAGUUGGGAUUUGCCUGCCAGACAUAAACCUUUUAAAUUCUACUUACAUUGCUAUCACUUACCCUAAUCAAACCAAGACUUACUUGGUUAAUGGAGUAGCCACCGAUGGCUAUUUUUCUCUGGAUUACACUAUGAAGCAGCUAAACAGUGUCGCCUUAACUCAGGGAGUAUACUCUCGAACCAACCGGUUUGAUGGCAAUGUUUUUCCAAUUCUUACUGUCGAUGAUUUGCUUACAUCUAAACAAAAACCAAAAGGAAUAUGGUUGAAUAUUCAGCACGAUGCAUUCUACGCAGAGCACAAGUUGAGUAUGAGAAGCUUUGUGAUUUCAGCUUCUAAAAGAAUAGUUUUCAGUCAUAUCUCAUCACCCGAGGUUAAUUUUCUGAGAAAUAUAUCAUCACUCUUCAACCCUAAGAGAACAAAACUGGUCUUCCGGUUCAUGGCAAAGAAGGACGUAGAUCCAUCGACCAAUCAGACUUAUGAAUCUCUUUUAACGAAUCUUACAUUUAUCAAGACAUUUGCUUCUGGAAUUCUUGUUCCAAAGGAAUACAUAUGGCCAGUAGAUGCAAACCUUUAUCUACAACCAAAUACAUCUUUGGUCUCGGAUGCACAUAAAGCGGGGCUGGAAGUUUUUGGAUCAGAUUUUGUGAAUGAUGUUCCAUCUAGCUUCAAUUACAGUUAUGAUCCACUUACCGAGUACCUCCAGUUCAUAGACAACGGUGACUUCUCUGUUGAUGGUGUGCUGUCUGAUUUCCCCGUUACUCCAUUUGAAGCAAUAGGUUGCUUUUCUCAGUUAGGCACCAAUGCCACAAAACAAGAUAAAGCUUUGAUUAUCUCAAAAUAUGGAGCAAGUGGGGAAUAUCCUGCUUGUACCAACUUAUCAUAUAUUAAGGCCAUAGAGUAUGGUGUGGAUGUUCUUGACUGUCCGGUUCAAAUAUCAAAGGAUGGAAUACCAUUUUGCUUAAACUCCAUUGAUCUUAUAGAGAGUACGACAGUUGCCCAAUCAAGCUUCAGCAAAUUUGCCAUGAAUAUCCCUCAGAUCAAAUCAGGCAGUGGCAUAUUUGCGUUCAACCUCACUUGGAGUGAUAUAAAAACUUUGACCCCCUCAAUAUUGAAUCCUUUUGCCAAAUACAGAUUGUUCAGAAAUCCAAAAUCUAAGAAUUCUGGGAACUUGAUGGCGUUAUCAGAUUUCUUGUCUUUGACAAAAAGUCACUCUUCUCUCUCCGGUGUCUCUAUCGCUGUUGAGAAUGCAGCCUAUCUUGCUGAGAAGCAAGGAUUAAAUGUGAUUGAUGCAGUAAUCAAUGCUUUGAGCGAGGCAGGUUAUGAUAAACCCGGAUCCCAAACGGUUUAUAUCCAAUCCACUGAUAGCUCUGUACUGCUAAAGUUCAAAGAGAAAACCAGUUAUGAGCUUGUGUACAAGAUUGACGAGACUGUCGGUGAUGCUGCUAAUGCAGCUGUUGAGGAUAUAAAGAAAUUUGCUAGUGCUGUGAUUGUCAACAAGAACUCUGUAUUUUCUAAUAAUGAUCAAUUCCUGACUAGCACUACGAAAACUGUGCCGAAGCUAAACGCUGCCAACCUCUCAGUUUUUGUAGAGACAUUCAGCAAUGAGUUUGUUUCUCAAGCGUGGGAUUUCUUCUCAGAUGCAACUGUUGAGAUAAACUCAUAUCUAAAUGCUGAUGGCCUAAAAAUUGAUGGUAUCAUCACGGACUUCCCUAAAACUGCCGACAGAUACAGAAGGAACAAAUGCUUAAAUUUGGGUGACAAGAGACCUACUUACAUGGACCCUGUUGCACCAGGUGGUCUCUUUUCUCUCAUUACCCCAGAUUUCUUGCCUCCAGCUCAAGCUCCACUCCCACCCUUGACAGAAUCUGAAGUUGCAGAGCCACCUUUGCCUCCUGUUGCUAAAAUAGCCCCAGCUUCCAGCCCCAGUUCUGGAAGCCCAGCACCAAAAAGAAAUGCACAGCCUAAGGUUGCUGUCUGCUUCUUCUUUUCCUCUCUGGCUGUGUUCAUAGCUUCCCUUCUUGUGCUUUGAGAUAAAUCAUCUCUAAACUUCCUUCUAAAAGAAAAAAAAAAAGGUGAAAACGGUUCCUUUUGCUGGUUUCAACCCCUUAUAUGCACAUCCCUUCUAGGAUUGAGUGGCAUGAAAGCUUUUGGCUUCAGAUUGAGUACAUGAACAAUCCACAUUUUUUGUUCUUUUUAAAAGGAGCAAAUUCUUUCAAUCUAAUUUGUUGUAGCUAUGAUUGUCCAUUCUUAGCUCCCCAAUUGCUUCUCGGGUUUAUAUCGUGGCCAUAAGCUCGCGUAGUAUAUAUCUACGAAUUCUUUUCAGACGUGUAUUUUGUAUCUCCUGUUGUAAGAUAUAUUUAUAUUUUUAUGCAUUUGACGAGAUUAACAAGUUGA